GCGCGCUGAUACGCAUGCGCACCGGAUUGUGUACAUUCUUGAGCGAGAAGCAUAAUGGCGGGCGUCCAAACGGUUAAAGAGCCCAGCUCGCGUUCGGAUGGAGGCUGAGCCGCAGGAGUAGAGUAACAGUUGGAAGCUGCCGGGUUAGUGUGGAGAUAACGACGUGUCCCUUGACCUUCUCUAGCAGGGAAAGCACGCCAGUUAUGUCCUGUUCGGGAAGUCUGGGUUUUUCUUUCUCUUAGCGGAGUGUUGUAUUGAACUAAAUUGUUCUACUGGACAGCUUUAGCUAACAGCACAGAUAGAGAGAGAGAGAGAGAGAGAGAGAUACAUAUAUAUAAAAAGCUAGCUGGCUGCUUAGCUCGCCUGCUGAAUUUUCAAGCGCUACAGAGGAUUCGAGAGAGGGUUAAAAAACGAAAACAACAAGACAAAAGCAGAGUUGUAAUCCUGAGCGUGCUGAAUGCUGAUAUCAGUCGGAGAAAGAAGCGGAACGAGGAACAAACGACUGCAGCGCCAGGAAGUGAUGAGCAUAUUUCCUGGUAACGUUUAUACGGAGGAGAAAGCAUGAAACAUCUUUUUCCUUAUGAGGUUGAAUGAAGGAGUCAUGGCUGAACACACCCCUCCACUGGAGUCCGGCCAGUUACUCAGCCCAGAUCUGCCACUCCUCACACCACCACCUCCUCAACCUCCACCCAGCAUGGUCAACGGAGACGGGGCCCAACAAGUAAUUUUGGUGCAAGUAAACCCAGGUGAGGCCUUCACAAUUCAGCGAGAGGAUGGUCAAUUUCAGUGUAUCACAGGUCCUGCUCAGGUUCCCAUGAUGUCCCCAAAUGGUUCAGUGCCUCCAAUCUAUGUGCCUCCUGGAUACGUUCAGCAGAUCAUUGAGGAGAAUGGAGUGAGGCGGGUGUUGGUGUUGCCUCAGGCAGAGUUUCACCCUGGGGGCCAUUCUCCACUGCACCACCCACCCCCUCCACCCACCCACCCACACCUGCAGGCCUUCAUCCCCCAUCCACAUCCUAUUUUGCCUCAUCAUCCUCCUCACAUGUACUCAGGCAUGGCCGGCGGAACUGGAGACAUGAAUGCCCAGUACAUCUCCCAGUACCACCCAGCUCAUAUCUACCCAGACCAGGUUUCUCCAGACACUCACCCGGCACAUGGACGCGCAGCGUUUCACCGGGAUGAAAGGGCUAACAAAGCGCAUGAACGACUGCAGAAGAAACUGAAGGAGCGUCAGGGUGGUCAGGCAGGCGGAGGAGGAGGAGGUCAGCCUCCUACCAAAGACAGUCCUCCUCUCUCUCCACAGAAGAACCGUGGAACCCCACCAGCAGCCGGAGGAGAGCUUCAGAACGGCCUUCUUAAAGGUGUGGAGGAGCAAAACCAGGCUGCUACACUACCCAGCCUGGGAAAAGAUUGUCCGGGAAGAGUGAGAGACACAGAGCUUGCCGAAUCGAACGAAAAGAUGCAGGCUAUUCGAGAAUGGUUACACAAUAUCAGCAAGCCUGUGGUGGUUGAUAUCCAGGCUAGAGGAGCAUGUCUCUGUUGGACAACUCCAGUGAGAAAAACUGCAAAUGAGGAGCAGAAAGAGCAGGAGGAGAAACCCGAGGAGCUCAGUAUUACCUAUGAGGUGUCUGUCUCAUACAGUGGCAAAGAAGGCAAAUACAGCACUGCCUACAGCGGUAAAGAGAUUAGUGCAACCAUAGAGAACCUAAGACCAGCAACAGACUACCAUGUCAGGGUCCAGGCCAUGCAUAACUGUUUACAAGGAAACCCAUCUGAGCCUGCAAGUUUUACAACUCUGAGCUGUGAACCCGACACACCCAUCCCACCUCGCAAAGCCAGCGGCACCAAAAACUGUCUCGUCCUGCAGUGGAAGGCUCCAUGUGACAACGGUUCAAAAAUUCAAAACUACAUUCUACAGUGGGAUGAGGGGAAAGGUACAGGAGUGUUUGAGCAGUGCUACUAUGGCCCUCAGAAGCAGUACAGGGUGACCAAGCUCUCGCCAGCGUCCAAAUACUCAUUCCGUCUAGCAGCCAAAAAUGACAUGGGAGUCAGUGAGUUCAGUGAACCUGUAGACAUGUUGACCUCGUGCAGUGUCCCUGCACCUCCAAAGAGCCCUGAGCUGCUCCAGGCCGGGGUCACUUGGCUCUGCCUGCAGUGGAACAGGCCGGAGAGUUCACCAAAAGAAGACGAUAUCGGUUAUGUACUGGAAAUGGAAGAAGAGGGCUCGGGUUAUGGGUUCCAGCCCAGUUAUGAUGGUGAUGAGCUGUCAUGCACUGUGAAGAAUCUGCACAGGAGCACCAAAUACAGAUUUAGGGUUGCUGCAUAUAAUUCAGAGGGUAAGAGUAACCCGAGUCCUGUGUCAGAGUUCACCACAGCCCCCGAUAGACCCAGCUGCCCCAGCAAACCCUCUGUUAAGGGCAAACAGCAUCCCACCAGCUUUCGCAUAACAUGGGAUCCUCCCAAAGAGACUGGUGGCUCAGAUGUGACUGAAUAUGUGGUACAGAUGUCUGAAGGCCUGAGUGGUUCAUCUUGGGAGGAAGUCUACAGGGGUCCAGCUGUGGAUUGUGUUUGUGAUGGACUUAAGCCAGGCGGGACAUACCAAGCUAGAGUCUGUUGCCACAGCAAAGGAGGACAAAGCCCAUUUUCGGAGACCCUGCAGGUCCAGACUCCGGCUGUUCCUCCUGGUCCUUGUCAGCCUCCCAGAGUAAUUGGCAAGCCAAAGGCUAGAGAGUUGCAGCUUCGCUGGGCCCCUCCUCAGGUGGAUGGUGGGAGUCCAGUGUGUGCUUACAGUGUGGAGCUGUUUGCCCCCCAAGCUGAGGAGGCCAAGGAGGUGCAUCAUGGCCAUGAGCUUGAAUGCACCGUGCACAGCCUACUACCUGGAAGAACAUAUGGCUUUCGUCUGAGAGCAGCCAACAAAGCUGGGUUUGGGCCUUUCUCUGAGCGCACCGAGGUGACCACAGGAGCAGGCGCGCCGGAGGCUUGUCGACCUCCUCAUAUCAUCUGCAAAUCUCCUUCAUGUGCUGUGGUCAGCUGGGAUUCCCCAUCCUGUAAUGGUGCAGCAGUGACUGAGUUUCGGCUGGAGUGGGGGGCAGCUGAGGGCAGCAUGCAGGUGAUCUACAGCGGAGCUGCAACGAACUACGAGCUGAAAGGUCUGCUUCCUGCCACCAACUAUUUCUGUAGAGUGCAGGCAUUGAAUGUUGCUGGUGUGGGGCCAUUUAGUGAAGUGACACUGUGUCAGACACCAUGCUCCGUGCCUGCCGUGGUUAGCGUUGUUCAUGCUCUCCGCGAGAGCGAGAUGAGGGUGGAAGUGAAGGGCUCUGAUGGAGGAGAGGAGGAAGAGGAUGAAGAAGAAGAUGAGGAAGAGGAUGAAGAAAGAGACUCUCCGCCCCUCUACUCUCCUUCUACUUGCUUGGGGCUGCGCUGGGAAGCACCGUGCGAUCAUGGAGCAGAGAUUACAUCUUACCUGAUUGAUAUAGGAGAAAGACAGCCGAUAUCCACUGGCCCUGUAACCAAGUACAUUAUACAGAACCUGCAACCUGAUACCACCUACAGGAUAAGAAUCCAGGCUUUAAACAGCCUUGGUGCUGGUCCCUUUAGUCACACUUUUAAGCUGAAGACAAAACCACUGCCUCCUCUGCCUCCACGGCUGGAGUGCACUGCAUUCAGCCACCAGACGCUCAGGCUGAAGUGGGGUGAUGGUCCGGCCAAGAAUUCCCCUACAGACUCACUGCAGUACCAGCUCCAAAUGGAGGAUAAAAAUGGCAGGUUUAUAUCCUUGUAUAAAGGACCUUGCCACACUCACAAAGUGCAGAGGCUUAAUGAGUCUACCUCUUAUUCGUUUCGCAUUCAAGCCUUUAACGAGGCGGGCGAAGGGCCCUUCUCUUCAGUGUACACCUUCACCACCCCUCGCUCACCCCCAGGUCCACUCAAAGCUCCACGUGUGGAACGACUGGAAGAGUCCUGUGAGAUAAGUUGGGAGUCCCUGCCGCCUAUGAAGGGGGAUCCAAUCAUAUACUGCCUGCAGUGCACGCAGGGCAAUUCUGACUUUAAACAGAUGUACAAGGGCUCAGAUACUCUAUUCCGCCUCCCCUCCCUGAGCUCGUCUUCUGAAUACCGUUUCCGUGUGUGUGCGAUCCGCCAGUGCCAGGAUGCUCCAGAGAUCAUGGGGCCGUACAGUUCCAGUGUCACUUUACUGCCUCUUCGCAUCGAAUCUCCCAGCUCAUCCAGCAGUGCAGGACCUAAAGCUACCGAGAGCCACCAGCCUCGACGCAGCCUCACAGACGAGCAGUUCUCCCUCCUCAUCAUCGCCCUGCUCGCCCUCACCUCCAUCCUCAUUGCUGUGGCCAUCCAGUACCUCGUCAUCGAAUGAAUAAUUUUUUUUUUCUUUUCUCCAAGCCACAAGGCCAAAUCCUGUCAUUUCUGUUUAGUUUUUCUGUGCGUUUCAUUUUCCAUCUGUUUCGUUCUCGGCACCAGAGUGGGUUGAGGUAACGUGAGAGAAAGGAAAGAAUGAUAAAAGGAAGCCGAGGCUGUAGAUUUAUUUCACCGAUUUUUCUUUUGGACUCUUCUCGCUGUUAUCAAACCCUUCUAUCUCUGCAAUGCUAUUAGAAAGAACAGUAUUCUCCCUGUAGCUGGGAGUUGAAUACUCGAGGAUUAGAAACGAAGCUUAACGCUCAUCGCAUACUCUUUUUAAUCAUUCAUUUAUGUGUAGCUAUAGUUUUUUAUUAUUUAUAUUUUUAGUUUUAACUAUAAUUUGUCCAAUAUGUGACUUUGGAUUUGUGUUCCAUAGCUGGCACGGUGAUGGCGUACGGUCUGCUGGUACAUGGUUUGCUAGUGUGCAGUUUACUGGUGCACUGAUUGCUGCUCGUUGGUAAGCUGUUCACCGAUGCCCUAGUCACUGGUGCGCUAUUAGGGGGACGAAAAUCAGAGGGCCAGUGAAUACAGAGGAAAGGGAUGAGAGGAGGCAGGGAACGUCAACCUGCCACUAACACAUGGGGGAAAGUGGGGAGACAGGAAAAGCCUUGAGGUUCUUAAGGGACCGAGCUCUCACUAGGAGAUUAGUUUAAUGACAUCACUGAGAGAAGGGAGACUGAUACACUUGUUCACCUUAUAGAACAUUCAUUUAGCACUUUCCUUAAAACCCUUUUUGAUGUGCAGAAUGUGUAGGGAUGCAAAAAAAAAAGACGAGAGAUGUUAGUAUAUUUUUGUAUAGCAUGAUGCAAGGACCUGCUCAUUUGAGAUCUGGGUUGGUAUAGGGUUAGACUCUGGGGGGAAGGGGAGGGGUAAAAAAAAGAAGAAAACUAACAGUCAGAUGUUAUUUUUAUUAUCAUGUAAGUAUACUGUAGCUUGAUUUUACAUGCAGCUGCUUUGCUCCGAAAUAUUGUCCAGCACAAAAAAGUAUGCUUAUCCAGUUAUUUUUGCACCUUAGUGAGAAGAAGAAAAAAAAAAACAGUACUGACUGCGUCUUGAUCUUGUGAUGCGUUUUACGGAACACGCGCUCUGAUUGUGUGAGCCCUUGUGUUUUUUUGGGUGUUGAAUUGUAUUACCAUAAAACUAGUUAUUGAAACCUUUUAUUUCAGAAGUAAUGACUUCAGAUAUGUGAUCGGAAUCAACCAUUUUCUCUGCCUAGUGUUUUCUUAAUUUCUCUGAUUGUUUCUCUGAUUGUCUUUUUUGUUUGUUUUCUUUUGUUUCUUUUUACCAAUAUAAAUUUUCUCCUUAUUACUAAUUAUAAAAGUAUUCAUAUUCAGUCAUGUUAUUCAUUAUUUUCCUCAUUUGAAUCACAUAUUUUUUGUAGUUAUGCAAAAAUAAUCACGAUUAAUCUAUUCCAGAGAAACUAAGAAAAAAAGAUUAAAGCAAACAGCAGUUCUAAAAUGUGUUGAUUCUACAUGUACUUCCUGUGAAACAGAAUUGUUUGCCUUUUCUCUGUGUAAAGUCGUUGUAAUAGAUUGCCGACGCUGCAUGAUGGCAGUAAGACAAUCUAGCUGUGAGGUCUAGUGUUGUGAGUGGUUAUGGCAGUGCUGCUUCCAUGACCGUUUAAACUACAGGUUCCCUGCAAGUCUUGGUUUAAUUACAUGAUUUGGUCUAGGUGGUUUGCAGAUGUCUUCUCUUUGUCACUGAAGGAAAUGAAAACCCAAAUUCCUAUUUUUGAUAGUGAUAAAACUGUAAUUGCAAAGUGUGCCAUUUUAACAUCUCCCCCACCAUAGUAGGCUUGGUCCAUGGGAGGAGACCAAAAAAAAAAAAAAAAAAAACUACAAAAAUAUGCACAAAAAUGAGACCAUUUUUAUGUAAUUUUAAUGGUUGCAGUUACCUCAUACACACGUACAUUCCAAAAUGAAAAAUUUGUUAUACUAUACAUAGUACCAGACAUAUCACUUUAAAAUGUUCGUUAUGAAUUCAGAAAUGUAUAAUCAUAAAUAUGUAUCUAAAGUGUAUCUGUAAAGUCAUGAUAAGAACCAUGCACAAUAAAAAAGUUUAUAAUUCUUAAA